AUGGCGUCUAACCAGGACAGCGAUAAUCAUGGCGGGUUCGCAGCAUGGUGUGUGGUGUUGGGGGCUUGGUGCACCUCAUUCUGCAGUUUCGGGUGGAUGAACAGUAUUGGCAUCUUUCAGGAUUAUUACGAGAGAGAACUCCUCAAGGGAUACUUUUCAAGCACAGUAGCCUGGAUCCCAUCUCUCGAAGUCUUCUUCAUGUCAGCUGCAGGCCCAGUAGUUGGUCACAUCUAUGACAGGCAUGGUCCAAGAACCCUGAUUGUUGUUGGCGCCUUUAUGCACGUCUUUGGUUUGAUGAUGGCUUCCAUCUCCAAGGAGUACUACCAGCUGUUGCUUGCUCAGGGAGUGUGCAGCGCGAUUGGCGCAGCCGCCAUCUUUCAGCCAGCCUUGAGCUCUGUCUCAGGCUGGUUUGACAAACGGAGAGGUACUGCCUUUGGCGUGUUAAUGACCGGCUCAAGCACAGGCGGCGUCAUUUUCCCCAUUGUCAUCACUCACCUAAUCCCAAAAGUUGGCUACGGAUGGGCCAUGCGCAUCGCAGCAUUCAUCAUCCUAUUCUUGCUCGUCAUUGCAUCCCUCACCGUCAAGCGCAGGGUGAAGCCUACUCUUACCAAGCUCACUGCUGAGGAUCUUCACCGGCCUUUUCAUGAAUUAGUCUUCUUGGUUGUCCUUGCCGGGUUUGCUCUUCUGAGUUUCGGACUCUACGUGCCCAUCAACUUUUUGGUUCCGUCCGCCAUCGCUGAUAACAUGUCAGUUUCUCUGUCACAAUAUCUUGUCUCCAUAUUCAAUGCUGCGAGUCUCUUUGGGCGACUCACGGCCGGGUUUCUGAGUGACAAGGUUGGACGAUACAAUAUGUUCUUCAUAGUCUGUAACAUCAGCGGUAUCCUGGUCUUGGCGCUCUGGAUCCCAGGAACCAGAAAUGUGGCAAAUAUCUUGUUUGCUGCAUUCUUCGGUUUCUUCUCCGGGGCGUACGUCUCGUUGUCGCCGGCACUCGUUGCCCAGAUUUCCCCGCCCAAGGAGUUCGGAUACCGCAGCGGCCUCUUGUUCUGUUCCUCGGCGAUUCCAGGCUUGGUUACAAGUCCUAUUGCUGGAGCGAUUCUGUCUCAUAGCCAUGGGAGCUACACCAACAUGAAGAUCUACGCAGGAGUCUUUUGCUUGGCUGGGACUUGGCUGGUGGGAGUUGCCCGUCUUAUGAAGACAGGGCCCAAGCUGUUGGCCAAGUUCUAA